AUGGAGUCCCCUACUGUGACAUCGGAAGAGGACCUACCGGUGUGCUCGUUGUGGUCGGUGUGCAAUAAAUUAGAUACUUAUUCGACUCCAUGGAUAGAGAGACAGUGUCGCUGUUCGGGCACUAAGUCCUGUUCGACAUCUUUGGAUGCAAACGAUGGCCACACGUUAGGGGAUAAGUCGAGACAACUCAAACUGUGCGAACCCAUAAACAAACUGCCCGUUUGUCGCUAUUUUCGAGACAUAACGUGGACUCUGACCACAAAUGCAGACAACACGACCACUCAGACAGUUAACUGUGUCUGUCCUAAGAAUAGUGUGGCCUAUAUUUUUAAGCACCAAAUAUUUAAAUCAUCCAAAAUGGGCAUUGGAUAUAAAUAUCUAUUCGCGUGUUCGCCAGAAACUAGGCUGAGGUGUGAGCGCAAAGAGCCGUGUCGUCUGUUUACUGUACGUAAGAGACCAGAUGUGGAAGAAGUGAAUACUAACACACUUUGUCAAUGUGCUGAGGGAUAUGUGUGUCCCACUCACCACAAACAAGCCAAUGUGAUAACAGCCGGAACAGUAUAUGGUGUAACCGAUCAUAUCAGGACAUACAGCGGCUACUGUUCCAAACCAGUCAAGUGA